ACUAGGCAGAGGCAAAAAGCCAGACACCUGGGACACACACCAUCUAGAGCCGGUAUCAUGGAGGUCCUCGUUCCGUUUCUGCAACUGCUGGUGCUGAUCCUGACUCUUCCGCUGCACCUGCUGGCUCUGCUGGGCUACUGGCAGCCCGUGUGCAAAACCUACUUCCCCUACUUGAUGGCCACGUUAACAGAAAGGGCCAACAAGAAGAUGGAAAGCAAGAAACGGGAGCUAUUUAGCCAGAUAAAAGAUCUUAAGGGGACCUCCGGGAAAGUGGCCCUGCUGGAGCUGGGCUGUGGCACUGGUGCCAACUUCCAGUUCUACCCACCUAACUGCAAGGUCACCUGCGUGGACCCAAACCCCAACUUUGAGAAGUUCCUGACGAAGAGCAUGGCUGAGAACAGGCACCUCCAGUACGAGCGCUUCGUCGUGGCGUACGGAGAGGACAUGAGACAGCUGGCGAGCAGCUCCAUGGACGUGGUGGUCUGCACCCUGGUGCUGUGUUCUGUGCGGAGCCCGAAAAAGGUCCUGCAGGAAAUCCAGAGAGUCCUGAAGCCGGGAGGACUGCUGUUCUUCUGGGAGCACGUGACUGAGCCUCCCGGAAGCUGGGCUUUCCUGUGGCAGCAAGUUUUCGAGCCUACGUGGAAACACAUUGGGGAUGGCUGCCACCUCACCAGAGAGACCUGGAAGGACCUAGAGAAGGCACAGUUCUCUGACAUCCAAAUGGAAUGGCAGCCCCCUCUCUUCAAGUGGUUACCUGUUGGGCCCCACAUCAUGGGGAAAGCUGUGAAAUAGCCCUCCACAAGGAGGUUACCUCCCUGCCUGUAGUCAGAAGCCGCCCCCAGUCAGGUAAAGAAUGAGAGAACAUCCUGGGCACCACUGCUGCCUCCAGGGUGACCGUUAACCUCAGUUCCUCAACACAGUUAGGCUGUCUUCCUGCCUUGGUUUUGUUUUGUUUUGUUUUGUUUUGUUUUGUUUUUUCAAGACAGGGCUUCUCUGUAUUGUUUUGGAGGCUGUCCUGGAACUUGCUCUGUAGACCAGGCUGGCCUCGAACUCAGAGAUCUGCCUGCCUCUGCCUUCCGAGUGCUGGGAUUAAAGGUGUGUGCCAACACCCAGCCUUUCUUCCUGCUUUCUCCAGAGGCAUAAAACUAUACAGUGCCGUACUGUCAACUGCAGAGCCCUGGACUUUGCCCACCGUCCUGGACCUCUACCCUCCCUUUCCCUUGUCCCUGGGGUAAAGUUCUCCCUGCUGUUUCUUCUGAUACUACCCACAUGUACCUUGUCCCUGUGGUAAAGUUCUCCCUGCUGUUUCUUCUGCCGCUACCCACGUGUACCUUGGAACUAGUCACGUGUCAGUGCCAGGCCACCUUGGCCUCCCUCUGAAGGCCAGGGUGUAAUGAUUUACUAGACCCAAGAUAAAUGAUAAACGGGUGUUUACUGGGGAACACUUACACAGAUAAUAAAGAACCACAACCAUGGGA